AUGGAUCUUGUGGUGGAUCUCGAAACGGCCGAUCUCGAUACUCUCAAGCUCACGAUUGAGCUUUAUCUACAGGAUCUCAAUGAGCUCCAAUCAGCCACCAAUGGGAAAGGGAAACGCCGUGAGGGAGAGACGACGGACCUUGAGGUCGCCAUUGACACUUACAUGGUGGAGCUUUCCGUCGUCAAUCAGCUCAUCAUCGACCGCACCAUGUGCGCCAGUAUUGCCAACGCUGUUCGCCAGGACGCAGUCACCAUUUCUGAAUUUGUCCAGGCUGAGGAGCAGGCAAGGAAAGACCACCAGUUGGCCUUGGACUUGAACAAAACAGAAGAUAACGCUUCUCAUCCUGAGGCUCGACCUUCAGAGUCUACAGAUGCUGUCACUGAACGCCAGGACAAUGAUUUUCUCGACAAGUUGAGCGCCAUAUACGUCUUAGAGCCAGUGAAGGACGGCGCAGCUGAGUCCUCUGCAUGGGCUGCUGGUCGCCAGCGCACAACAACUCCAUGCCCCAACCCCGAGGUUCCGGCCAUGAGAGAAUGCGUGAUAUGCAGGGACCAAUGUCGCUUCUUUGACGUAGCCACGUUUCCAUGUCAGCACGAUAUGUGCCAAACAUGUCUAACCAAGCUCUUUACGGACCUGUUGACAGAUCAGACAUUGUUCCCCCCCAGAUGCUGUCACCAGCCAAUCUCUUUGGACAAGUGCCGCUUCCUGUUGGAACCGACGCUGGUAGGAAGGUUUUUGGCGAAAAAGCUCGAGUAUGAAACCCCCAAGAAGACGUACUGCUACCGACCGACUUGUUCCCAGUUCAUACCGUCGCAGGCUAUUAGCAAUGAUGUCGGCACUUGUGUCAAGUGCCGGGAGAGGACAUGCAUCGUUUGCAAGGCCCAAGCUCAUGUCGGUACGGACUGCCCUGAAGAUUUAACAACAAAGGAGGUGCUUCAGAUGGCGGAGAAAGAAGGCAACGACACAAACACGCCCGGCGUGGUCUCCCUGGAAGUGUUGAGCUCGACUACGAGCGCCGCCGACCUCUUCACCUGCAACUUGCAGUUCAACAGCAUCUGUCUGCCCACCGAGACGCGACUGCCGAGCGAUAGAGAUGUGCUGGUGAGGUUUUACAUCAACAUCGAGCUGGCACGCAUCACCUUCAACAAGACGUGGGAUUGCGGUGGUGGUGACGAAGGAGGGGCUGGGUCGCCAGAAACGCCGAGGCCACAGUAUGCCAUCGGUUUUGCCGAGUUCCAUAUGGCCUGUCCCGAGGUUAUCACGGAGGACAUGACUUGCGUUGGACCUUCAGAGGGGGUGAUGGAGCUUGAUGGGGUCAUAGUUGAGGCGCCGCCGCCGUCGCAGGAAGAGGAUGAAAGCAGUGGAUAG